UGAAGAAACCCUAGGCAGUAGAACGACGAUUUUCUCCGCGCCGCAUUCAGACCCAAAAUUCUCCUCUUACAUCGGCGAGGGUUUCUCCUGCAUCUGGUUCAAUGGGAAAGGGAACUGGAAGUUUCGGUAAGAGGAGGAACAAGACCCACACGCUCUGUGUAAGGUGUGGCCGCCGUAGCUUCCAUAUCCAGAAGAGCCGCUGCUCUGCCUGUGCUUUUCCCGCCGCUCGCAAGAGGACGUAUAACUGGAGCGUGAAGGCCAUACGCAGAAAGACCACUGGAACUGGUAGAAUGAGGUACCUCCGACAUGUUCCUCGGAGGUUCAAGACCGGCUUUAGAGAAGGCACCCAGGCAACUCCAAGGAGCAAGGCUGUGUCUGCUUCUGCCUAGGCAAUUGAUUAGUCGGAUAUUGCAAGGCAAUGGCACAUUAUUCCUCGGAGCAAUUUGGGAUUUGUUCUCUGCUCAUCUAUGUAGCUCUUCUGUUAGAUUUUUGGACGAGAGUGGAAAAUUGUUUUUGUUCUUUCUAUAUGGUACUAUGUUCUUGUUGAGAAUGUCAUGCUUGGAAAUGAAGCUUUGUUACUGGAAAAUGUCUUUCA